UUGCAUGAGUUUGGGGAUCCAAAUGGCAGACACACUCUCAGAAGUCAUGAGCUCACUCCCUCCAGGAUUCAGAUUCCAUGCCUAUGAUGAGGAGCUUCUGCUUCUUUACUUGAAGCCCAAGAUUCUUGGACAACCGGAUGAACACUACUCCAACAUAAUUCCGGAGAUCGAUGUAUGUGAAUUGGAACCCUGGCAAUUGCCGGACAUGUUCGAUCACAUGUUCAACAGGAAGGAGAUGUUUUUCUAUUGCCGCGUGAAGCGCAAGUACUUGAACAGCAGGCGCUCCGACCGCACGACUGGAGCCGGUUACUGGAAAGUGACCGGCAAGGAACGUCCCAUCAUGAGUGAGGACACCAACGAGCAGAUAGGAAUCAAGAAGACGUUGGUGUUCUACGAAGGCCGCGUGCCUAAAGGCAAAAGGACCAACUGGGUCAUGCACGAGUAUCACCUAAAUUCCAAGUGUUUGGGCAUUAAUCACAACGAAGGCGAGAUGCUGCCUUAUGUGGCAUGUCGGAUCAAGAACAAGAAAGACAAGAAACCGAUGAUGGGUCACACUCCAACAAUCAUCCCUGAAGGCUAUUCAAGCAGCCCUUACACAUGCACUAGCAAUGUAUCAGAUCCCCCUGGGAAUCAAGAAGGGGACUUGCCGAGCUUCUGCAACACCCCCAACAAUGAAGUUGCUGAUCACCAAGGAGGUGCUGAUGCUCAACCCGAGAUGUCACUGGGAGAGAUAAUGGAUUCGCUGUCUCCAUUUCAGCCACUGGAUGUCCCUUCAUCAGACUACAACAACACUCCAACCUAUCAGCCACUGGCAGGAGUAGAGGAAGGAUUGUCGACCUUCUUUGAUUUUUCAUAUGACAACAACGGCAAUGAGUUCGACUAUGGAUACAUGCUAUCUCCAUGCAGCAACUCAGCAAAUUGUUCCGGUUGGGCUGUAGCGAUGUGUGAAGACUUCUCUACUACAACGUACUUCAAUGGUGGAUCAUGAUAUGGAAGGAGUGUGCGUGAGCGUGAGAGUUUUUUUUACUCCUGAUGUAUCAAGUAUUGUGAGGGUGGCUUUUGGAGUGAAGUGAAACACAUGUAGUUUCAUAAUUUGUGCGUGUCUUGGUUUUAGAGUCGUGCGUUUUCUUUUAUUCAAGGUCGUGUUUUCUGCUAAUUGAGAUGUAAUACUUUAAUAAAUAGUGUAAUGUUAUUCCGGGUAUUUCCCUAAUUCUUA